AUGUCAAAGUAUGAAGACUUUGGAGAAUCUUUCUGGAAUUCAACAAGUUGUUCCACUACAUGUAACAACAUAACCAUUCUAACAGAAACAACAGUCUAUAUAAGAUUAAACAUCUCAUCACCGUUAGAUUUGUUCCAUAUUUCAAGAUACGAAUGUAAUAGAAGUUUCACCGAUCUCGUUGGCAACAUAUUCCUCCAGUUUCCAAAAGAACAGCUCCAUGUUACAUCCGUUGUCUGCAAAUACACCAUUGAAUUACCAAAGUAUUAUUCUAUUGAUCUCAAAAUAAAGAGGGUUAUUCUGAGGGAAAACGAGACGCUUAUUGUGAGAGACAGAAGAUCAGAGAUUAAAAACAUAGUUGGUACAUACAGUAAUGUCACAACAUUCAGAAUUAUGAACACAUCCUACAUCGAAUUAGAAUACCAAUCUAUUUCUGGUGGAUUUUACAACUCUCCGAUGAUUCUAAACGUGUCUUGGUCAUACUGCGGUGGGAUAUUCAAUAAUACCGUGAACUUUUCAGCCUCCAAUGAGAGUGGCGCACCUGUUAAUGUGGAUUGUUUAUUUCUACUGGAAAGGAAACCGGCUGAAAAAUUUGAUUUUCUUCUUACAGACUUUUCCCUAACCACAACAAACUGUGAAAAAGACUUUCUACAGUUAUAUGACGUAGAAGGAGAAGGUCAACUUUUAAAGCAGUACUGCAAUAAUUCUAGGGGUGACAUCACACACAUAUCAACCAAUAGGAUAAUGCUCAGGCUUUUUUCCACAGGAUCAGCUUUAAAGAUUAAUUUCUCUGGAAAAGCUUUACCAAGAGAAGGUUGUGGUCAGAGUGUUUUCUACCACAAGGGACAAAUACUUAAUCCUACCAACACACUGGCUUCUUCCUGUCGGUACUCUAUUAAUACGCAGAAAAACAGUCGUAUAAUGCUCGUCUUGAACAAUGUAUCAUUGCCUGAAAGAAACAAUGGAAUUUGUACAGACUACUUGCAGAUUACGGAUGUCAGUAGUACAACCAGUACUACGCAGCGUUACUGCGGUGACAAAUACCACCACCAUAAAUUGUUGUCUGGCAACAGGGCUUUCAUCAUGUUUCACACCAACGGAAACCAGGAUGAUUCCAAUGCUAGAUUUCAUAUUGAAUUUACAGAAUGUGGAGGAUAUUUUGAUGGGUAUUCGGGAGAAAUCAAGGGAUUUAAACUCAGUGGUGACAAAAGUAUCUCAGAAAAGUGUCUGUGGAGAAUCGGCCACCUUACUCCAAGGAAUAUCACUAUCCGUUCCAACAACAAUUUUUCUGAUUAUUGCAACAAAUCUGUAAAGCUGAGUAUCACUGAAAAUAAAACCAUACAACUGUGCAACCACACAUCAAAUUUCCUGAAGACGUUUGGAAAUGUUGAAAUAGAAAUACCAUUGUCUGUAUUGAUGUCCGAUUCUCCUUCUCUAACAUGGAUUGCUUGUGGUACCGUGGAAAAGGCAAGACGUGGUUUGACCUUUGUCGAUUUAGUAUUGUACGAAUAUUUGAAUACCAGUUGCCCCCUGAUACUGGAUGCCUCUGAUACCGACAGCUAUAUUCUGUACCUUAUAAUCACAAAUAAUGACUGUCUAGAAGGGUUUAUGAUAGAUGACUACAGAUACAAUCUUACUGAUUUAAAUACAACUAUAUUCCACUUCCCUAGUCCUGUAAAUAUGUCGUACCUCCCCCAAAACAACACAAGACAACAGUGCCGUCUUCAAGUACACUGGGAAGCAUGCAACCAGACAUUUACCGGAGAAAAUGGAACGUUUACAUCUCCAGGUUAUCCAGAUAAAUAUUUCAUAAAUCAAACGUGUUUCUACAUAAUCACUGCCCCUAUCGGACAACAUAUCAACCUUACAUUUAAAGACUUUGAUGUCGGUAAAUCGACAAACGACAAGAAAUGUGGCGGUGACCGAGUGGAGAUCCAUGAUUCUGGCUAUGUCGGCUCUCAUGAUGACAUUCAUUGCGGAAAGCAAGACAAAGAUGAGCUGAUUCAAUACCUGAGCUCCGGACACUCGAUCACUUUGCGUUUCGUCUCACGGGGAAAUCAGGGGAGUCAAUUUAAAGGAUUCAAUGUUUCAUAUGAAUUUUUUGAACAAGGAAUGUCAACUCUCGGACAAACUGACCAUUCAGAAUACCAUGACAUCAAAAAGGGUCUUUUGUCAUAUAGAACCAGCCUCGCUACCACCGUAGCCAUGGGCGUCUGUAUAGGAGUUCUAGUCUUCGUUGUCAUAGCUCUUGCUGGAUUUCUUGUUCGCCAGAAAGGAUGCCAAAGUGCACAUGCCCCUGUCCUGCCACAGGAAUCGAAUGCGUCAACUUCAGACAUGAAUGUAGCUUUAAGCCCACAAAAAAGAAAACAAGGUUAUAUAAAGAAGAAGGAUUCUAAUGGUUUAUCUACGCCCAUUCCUGGAAAUCGACAGUCCUCCCUUAAUCGUAACAACGAAAACAGUAACAAACAUGGAGAGAAUAGGGAGAGAAACCAAACCAAAGAAAAUGGAAUUUACAAUCAUCUACAUGAGGGUUCGAAUACCUCCACUACACAGAAAAAAGAUGUGUAUUCCUUUGUCAGUCAUGAAGAUAAAGGAUACAGCAAAUGUGGAUUAAUUCCAAAAAAGUUUGAAAUUUUAGGGGAUACCGUAUACAACACUUCGAAAACUACUCCGACAAGCACUGAGGUCACAAUGAAUGAAAAUAAGGAUAUUGUCAGCGAAACUGUGGAAAACUAUGGUAAUCUAAAAGUUGAAAAUUGUGUGAGUCUGCAUGAAGAUGCUAAGAAUGAUAACAGUUUAAAUGGAGAUAAACUUGAUGUUGAUAAAGAUGAUGUAAAAAAUCUUGAAAGCAAACAUACUUCAGAUACUGAUAAAUCUAAAAGAAAAUCUGGUGUCAAGAAAAAGAUUCGAGCAGAAAAAGAUCUUCGAGGGAUUUCCGAGGAAAACAAGAGUGUACAUGGUAAUAUAGACACAAAUAGUAACGAAUACGGAAAUUGGGAAGAAAUAUCUGCAAAGAGAAAGGAAACAAAUACUUUUAUUGCUGAGGAGGAUGAGUUUUAUUCGAACACUGCUUCAAUUUACAGUAAUGACAUACAAGAAGACGUUUACAGUAAUGGUAGUAGUGUAUUGUAAUUAAUCGACAAUUUUUCAUUCCAUUUCAUUAAAAUAAAACAAAUAGGCCUCUAGA